GCCCCCCGCCGCGCCUGUGGGUGGGCCCGCGGGCGGCGCCAGGGGCGGAGCGGAGCGGAGCGGAGCCUGCAGCUCGGCCGCCGUGAGCCCGGGGCGACAGAUCGGGCAUCUCGACGGCCUCGCCAUGACAGCGGCAAUGAGGCAGAGGUUUGACCGGUUCCUGCACGAAAAGAACUGCAUGACCGCCGUGCUCGAGCGGAUAGAGAGCAAGACCGGCGUCAGCCGCACUUACAUCGCCACCGCCGUCGUCGGGGUGGUGGCCGUGUACCUGGUGGUGGGAUACGGCGCGUCCCUGCUCUGCAACGUCAUCGGCUUCGGCUACCCCGCCUACAUCUCAAUCAAGGCCAUUGAAAGCCCCAAUAAAGAUGAUGACACACAGUGGCUGACUUACUGGGUUGUGUAUGGUGUUUUCAGCAUAGUGGAAUUCUUCUCUGAUAUCUUCCUCUCCUGGUUCCCUUUCUACUACAUGCUAAAGUGUGGCUUUCUGUUGUGGUGCAUGGCUCCAAGUCCUUCUAAUGGGGCGGAGUUUCUCUAUCAUCGAAUUAUCCGGCCUUUCUUCCUGAAGCAUGAAGCUCAGCUUGAUAGUGUUGUUCAAGACCUGAAAGACAAGGCUGCAGAGACUGCAGAUACCAUCACUAAAGAAGCCAAGAAAGCAACAGUGAACUUACUGGGUGAAGAAAAGAAGAGCACUUAACUCUUAAUUGGAUAAAGUUUCCCUACAACCUCCUUUAUGAAGCUUGAUGUUAUUGGGAACUGUGGUCUAAAUUCAAUAAUAUUGCCUUGGAAACAUUUUGAUAUAUUAAAGGAAUGUGUCAUAAGUUUGCUUACUAUUUUGCUCUGUCUGUAUAGAAAGUAAGAAGUCUUACUUAAAAGCAAUGCAGUGGGCAGCAUCUGAAGCUUAAUGAAAACAUUUUAUUCAUCUUCAUGCAGAGGAAAUCUUUCAGUAAUCUCUUCCUGUAGUAACAUAAGUAAAAGUAUAUAUCCCACAGGAUCUGCACUUCAGUUUUGUCUAUGUGUGUAAUGACUCUUAACACUUGGACUGUGCUGUGUCUGGUCAAACAUGAAGCUAUCAUGUAAGAAAAUACUGGUCUCAAUGGAUGUCUUGAAUAUACAGGGAUUUAUGGUAAGAGAUGGCAUAAAGGCUGUAUUCCCCACCAAUAAAGUUGUACAUGAUGAAAUUACAUGUUCUAGGCACCUAAAGAUAGAGAUUAUUCACUGUUGCAUGUUUUGUUGUAACACAGUAUUUGGUACAGUGUAUGUAUUCUUAAAUGGAUAGAUAUUAAGUAUAGGAAAGAGUAACUUUAAAUAAGUCAUGAAGCCUAUAUUAGUGUAAAGUAGUUUGCCAGAAAUGGAUGCAUUAAAUUGCACAGGACUAGCACAAGAUGGCUCAAGUACAACUCCUUGCCUCUUCUUGCUAAAGAAAGAUGUCAUCUAGAGUUGUUAAUAGAGCGCCUUUUAGGAUCACACUCAAAAGCCGAAACCACCUUUCGCUAAGGAGGGAUACCAUUACAAACUUUUUCCUGGAGUCCUGUUGAAAUAUUAACUUCCUUGGAUGUCAGUCUCCCGAACUACAUCAUUAAUGGGAUGGACUACAUCCUUCAUGAGCUCUUUCUGCUACUAAAAAUCUGCAAUCUCUUUUGACUGUGCUAAGAACGACUUUGCAUUAGCACUGAAACUGCCUGAAUAGAGAUGCUUUUGUCAUUACUUGCUAUAUUCCUGACCAGCCAGUAAGAAUGCAGCCAAAGUUGUUAAGAGAAUAAAGGCUUUUGUGCAGUCAAGGAAAAAUAUUUUUUUAACUAAUUCUGUAUUUACUCUUUCGUAGUGCAGUAUUUUCAACAAAUUCAGCAUGAAUUACUAAAAUCUCCUUGUUGUAACCUCCGUGGUGGUGUUUAAAGCCCACAGUAAUACUAUGACAAUUCUUAACUCACAGAACACGCAGAAGGAAAGCUUAAGCUUUUGAUACAAUGAAGAGUGAUUUCUGGUCCACAAUCUUAAAUCCAGAAGAUUUAACCUUAAAAUAGACUUUGAAGACUUUUGGCUUUCUGCAACAAGUUGGUGGAUAAACAUUUACAUAAAACUGUAAAUUUUCAGAUGCAAGAACUGCAAAAGAAUGAAGCACACAGUGUAACUCAGCAGAUCAGUUUUAAAUUUGGUGUGUAUUGCAAGAAAAGGUGUAAAAGUGUCUUAAAGCAUUGUAGGCUGGAAAGCAGCCCUUAGGGCUCUCAGCUUGGAUAGGCAAGUAUGAGACACACUGUGCAUCAUUUUCUGCAGGACAGCAUGCAGCUUGUUAUUUGAAAGAAAAAAAUCUAUCACAGGUGAUCAUUCCACGACAACUUUUUGUUAUGAGUGGAUGUGUUGAAGAGGAUAAAGUUUACAACAAAGUUGGAGAUGUAAGCAAGUAAAAGGUUUGAAGUGACUCGCCGUUGAACUGGUUUAAUUUCUAGUGUUAUCUUUCUCCGUCUUAAACCCAGAGCAAUUUUCUGUAGACCAUAUUAAACCCCAGUGUUGUGUUUUAAACACCAUUACCUGAGUAUAUCACAGUCAUGUGCCCAGUCUUAGUUUCACCUUUUGAAAUAAUAAGUAAGAAAUAAAGCUACUUAAUUUUCUAUUUGAUUUAGGUACAAAGUACCAUGUAACUUCCUUCUUUAAAAGCUGCUAGUAAAUUUUAGACUUUCCAAGGCUAAUGAGCUCUGCACUAGAGACAAAACUUAUUUUUCACUUCUCAUACUACUCAACAGUUGUUCUACUGUUAUAAAUGGGGAUAAAACAGUUCUAGGUAAGUGCUGAAACAUUAAUUCACAUCUCUCAGAUUUUAAGCUAGGCUUUAAAUAAACUUCUUGUCUUUACAACUUCGUAUUUCGUGACCAGCAGCUAAAUUCAGUGCUCCUGUGUCAGAUUUCUACUUGAACUGGAACUACCGCCUGUUUUCAACAGAACUUGAUCUCAUUGCUUCCUUUGAUGCAAGUAGAAAUGCCUGAAUUUCUGCAGCAAAUUAUCCUUUCCCGCAAGUAGCUCCAGGGGGCUGGCACUUUGAGAAGUGUUCUUCUCAAAGUCUUCUUCACAGCAUUUAUGUGCAAAUGUUUGUACACACAUCUACUCCAUGUAUGUGCUGAAGUUGUAAUGUGCUAAAUAAAAAUGGACACAAAUAAAGAAAUUCUUCCAGGA